ACGCCCACAGGAGCUGAGGAGCUGAGCGGUGGGGGAGGAGAGGACGACGCUGGGCUGUUGUCAAAAAUGGCCAAGAAUGAGCUGCUCAGGACGAAAGAGCGAGAAAGAAAGUAGCGUUUUUAAAGGAUUUUAGCUCUAGUUCACCAUAACAGCUCCUGUAUGUGUGAGGAGAGGAGAGGAAAGGAGGAGAAGAGAAGACUGGAGACUCCCUCCUUCCUUCGUGCUGCUCUUUCUCUCUGUGUGUGUGUGUGUGUGUGUUUACACCCUGAGACGCCACGUUUCGGUGCCUUACUGACUUGAACGGCUGAGCUGGAGCUGCAGCCCGUCUGAAUGGAUGCUUAUUUACUGAAACUGAUCUCUUCUUCACUUUGUCUGAAGAAAGACGGACACGGCUGUGUCUUUAAAAGAGAGCCUUAUUUCUUCUUCCAGCUACGUGAAGGACGAGUCCUGCAGCCGCCGUGUUAGUGUUAGACUAACUUUUCCACUCUUCUACCAAAGACUGUGAGUGAAGCGAGGCAGAGCUCAGUCUGCCAGCCAGGAAAAGGAAAAGCAGCCCGUCGCUUUGUGCCCCGCUCCACUUCCACACUUCCCUUCUUCCCCAUGCGCCGCUGAAACUCGGCCCAGUGACGAAGAGCAGAGCUGCCAGAACGGGUUGGUCUACUUCUCCUUCUUUGUCCUCCUCAGCCUGAGAAGAAGAAGAGAUGGAGGGACAGAGUAAUGACACCAAAGGCAGCAGUCCGAAGCCCGAGAGGAGCUUCUCUCUGUGCUACAUGGGUUGGUGCACCCUGGACAGGAGGACCACUCUGCCCAUGCUGCCGUGGCUGGUGGCUGAGAUCCGCAGGAGAGGCGAGAGAAACGAGCCCGGACCCGCUCAGGCCCGCCAGGUCCAGCUGUCCCUCUGCCCUCCCCUCAUCCGCUGCGUGCCCGCCAACAGCAGCAACGCGUCCGUCUUCAUCUUCGAGCACAAGGCGCAGUUCAUAUCGAGGUUCAUCCACAACAGCCACGACCUCAGCUACUUCGCCUACCUCAUCCGCAGCCAGCCGGAGGACCCCGAGUCCGAGAUGGCCUGCCAUGUGUUCAAGGCUGGAGAGCCCAACCAGGUUCCUGAAGUCAUCAGCAGCAUCAGGCAGGCCUCUAAAGUUGCACUUAAGGAGGACAGCAGGCCCAAGCAGGAGGGAGAAGAGUCUUUUUACAACUCCCAGAAGUUUGAGGUGCUUUACUGUGGCAAAGUGACAGUCAACCACAAAAAAGCCCCCUCCACCCUUAUUGACGACUGCAUUGACAAGUUUCGGCAGCACGAGGUGGAGCGCAAGCGGCUGCAUCUUCUGAAUGGCCAGCGCAGCUCGACAGAGACCUCCGUGGAGUUCAUCGUUGGGGAUGACCCACUGAGCGCCUCGCUCGCUGAGGCUGCAGGGGCAGAGCCAGGAGCUGGAGAUCAGGCCAGAGUGAGUAAUGGGAAACUGGGCGGCAGCCUCAGCGUGGGUAGUCUGCGUGGAGCUUUCCCUGAGUGUAUCCUGGAGGAUUCAGGAUUCGAGGAGCAGCAGGAGAUCCGCACGCGCUGCAACAGCCUGGCUGGCGGCAUGCAGAGCAGAACGAUGCAGGCCGGGGCCAAGGGGCCUACACGCAGAAGACACGCCAGCGCACCCAACAACGUACAGCCGUCAGACGCAGACAAGAACCGCACCAUGCUGUUCCAGGUGGGACGUUUUGAGGUGAACCUCAUCAGCCCUGACAGUAAGACGGUAGUUCUGGAGAAGAAUUUCAAAGAUAUCUCAUCCUGCUCUCAGGGAGUGAAACAGACAGACCACUUUGGCUUCAUCUGUCGGGAUGCGGUGGAGUCUGGACCCAGCCAGUACGUGUGUUACGUGUUCCAGUGUGCCAGCGAAUCUCUGGUAGAUGAGGUGAUGCUGACCCUGAAGCAGGCCUUCAGCACAGCUGCAGCACUACAGAACUCUAAGACCCAGGUCAAACUGUGCGAGGCCUGCCCCAUGCACGACCUGCAUAAGCUCUGUGAGAGGAUUGAAGGUUUGUACCCUCCCAGGGCAAAGCUGGCUAUUCAAAAACACCUCUCCAUGCUGAGCGAUAAUGAACAAGCAGACAUUUUUGAGCGUGUGCAGAGGUUAAAGCCGAGCUCUGAUCAGGAAGAGAAUGAGCUGGUUAUUCUUCACCUCAGGCAACUGUGUGAGACCAAGCAGAAGACCCAUGUUCAUAUCGGAGAAGCUCCUCAGCAAAAUGCUCCCAAUAACACGGGCUCAGACAACUCAGCUGGACGCAAUAAGCUGGAUGUCCUGAAGAACAAAGCACGCAGCUCCCUCACCAGCUCUCUGGAGAACAUCUUUUCAAGGGGGGCUAGCCGAAUGCGCAUGCGUCUGGGAAGCAUGGGCAGCUUUGAUCGGCAGGACGACUCUCCUGGUGACUCUCCUCCAGGGACCCCUCCUGCUUAUGUGGAGGAGGACCCCGAUGCCCCUCAGUUCCGUCGUCGGGCGCACACUUUCAGCCACCCGCCCAUCAAGAAGAGGAUUUCUUUCACAGACGUGCCGACCCAGGCCAAGGCCCCCCUGCGCAGGCAGCAGUCUGUUGCUCCAGAGCUGCUUCAGAGCAGCCCGAUCAGCGUCACGAGAAAGCGCAGUGUGUCUGAGGGCGAGUCCUCCUUCAGCCUCCCCUCCUCCUUCACCACUCCCACUUUCCUGAAAAGUUUUUACCAGGGCUCCCUCAGCUCGUUGGCCUCCCUGCCGGACAGCCCCAAGAGUAAUGGAGAGGGCAGGAAGAGGACUCUGUCUGGCUGCAGCAGUGACUCGCUGACCGCUGUGACUCCGCGCAGAGUGUCCUGGCGUCAGAAGAUUUUUCUGAGGGUGGCCUCGCCGAUGAACAAGGCCACGGCGUCCAUGCACAAGGCUGACAUGGAUGGCCGGGAGCUGCUGCCCCUCUCUCCUCGUGCCUCAGCCCAUGGCCACGAUGCUCUGGCCAGCCUGCUUCCCUCAGAGCAGGGCACUGGAGGGGAGACCGGCCACCGCACUCCAUCAGAUUACAGAGCGUUAUGGAGGACAGCGAUACACCAGCAGAUCCUUCUCAUCCGCAUGGAGAAGGAGAACCAGCGCCUGGAGGAAGCCAGUCGGGAUGAGCUGCACAUUCGUAAGAUGAAGCUGGACUAUCAGGAAGUGGGUGAGUGUCCUAAAGAGGUGCAGGCUCUGUGGGAGAGGAAGCUGAAUGUGCCCUGCCGGACCAAGGUGCAGUGGGAUAAAGAGGAGAUCCAGACUGCUCUCUGCCAAGGUGUGCCUAAGAGUCGUCGUGGUGAAGUGUGGCUGCUCCUCUCCCAGCAGUAUCGCCUGCGUCACCGCCUACCUCAGCGACAGCAGCCUCCCGACACGCCUUACCAGGACCUUCUGAAGCAGCUGACUGCCCAGCAGCACGCCAUCCUGGUAGACCUGGGCCGCACGUUCCCCACGCACCAGUACUUCAGCGCUCAGCUGGGCGCGGGUCAGCUGUCCCUCUAUAACUUACUGAAAGCCUACUCCCUGCUGGACACGGAGGUGGGCUACUGCCAAGGCAUCAGCUUUGUAGCUGGUGUACUGCUGCUGCACAUGAGCGAGGAGCAGGCCUUUGACACGCUCAAAUUCCUAAUGUAUGACCUGGGUCUACGCCGCCAGUACUGCCCUGAUAUGAUUUCCCUGCAGAUCCAGAUGUACCAGUUGUCACGGCUGCUGCAUGAUUACCACCGUGGCCUGUACUCACACCUGGAGGAGCACGAGAUCAGCCCAAGCCUGUACGCCGCGCCCUGGUUCCUCACGCUCUACGCCUCGCAGUUCCCUCUGGGCUUUGUCUCCCGCAUCUUCGACCUCCUGUUUGUCCAGGGCACGGAGGUGAUCUUCAAGGUGGCCCUUUGUCUUCUGAGCAGCCACGAAGGAGAGAUACUGGAGUGUGACAGCUUUGAGAGCAUCGUUGACUACCUUAAAACCACCAUCCCCACCCUCACACAGAACCAGAUGGAAGAGACAAUCACUAAGGCUUUAGAGAUGGACAUCUCCAAGCAGCUGCAUGCCUAUGAGGUGGAGUACCAUGUUCUACAGGACGAGAUGAUGGAUGGCCCUCCAGUUUCAGAGGACUCAGACAGAUUGGACAAGCUAGAGAAGACCAAUGCCCAGCUAAAGAAGCAAAAUAUGGAGCUGCUGGAGAAACUGCAGGCUGCGCGGGUGAAGAUCCAGAGUUUGGAGAGCAGUGUGGAGAGCUUUCUGGCCCGCGAGAGUCAGAUGAAGCACCUGAUCCGCUCGCUGGAGCAAGAGAAGGCUUCCUACCAGAAGACCGUCGAGCGCAUGCGCAGCAGCCUCCCUCAAGAUGCCGCCACGGAUGUUGAGAUGACCCAACUGAAGUCCAGCAGUAACAGCAAAACCAAAGCAGCCAGCAAUAAACCGUGAUUUGGCCUGUGCGAUAAUGAGGAACUUGCAGACUUGGAUGUCAAAUCCAUUGAUGGAGGAAAACUGAAGGUUUGAGAUGAUUACCAGGUGGAGCUAUGCAGUCUUCCCAACAUACAUCUCUCAAUCGUUCACCAUCAUAGCAUUUAGGGGCUGAUGCAUCCAUAUAGACUGUGGAACUUUAGACACCUACUGCUAUGACCACAGCUUUGGUCAGAGGGUGUUUCUGGAGAGGGAGUGUAACCAGAAUGUGUAGCCUUCUGCAAUUGAUUCAGUCCUUGUCAAACAAGUAUAUGGAGUAUAUAUACUUCCAGUGCCAUGAAAAAUGCCCCUAAGGAAACGAGAGUGAGAAAUAAGAAGGCCUGCUUAUGUCAGAUUUGCUCCAGUCCACUAUGCUUUAUUCACUGCAGGUUUAAUGUAGGAUGGUGGCCUCUGCGUAAACGUGCAGCUUUGCUGUGAUGUCAGCUUGUGUUGAAAAUACUUGAAAACAAUACGAAUGUAUUUUCUUUCCAAAGAACAGCGUGACUCAUGGCGGUGUGCAUAUUGUGGAACGCUGCCUUGAUGUCGGUGUACGUUUUGGGAGCGGCAGGCAGAAACAUUUUUUUUUUUUCUUUGCGCUCACUAAAGAGCUUGUAAAAAGCUGAUGGAACACAACAAAAGGGACAGUGACUCAAUCAACCGAGAGAAACCAAAAUAUUUAGCCUAUCAGAUUGACAACUGUGCUCAAAGAGCUUAACCCAAAGUUCAAGCAGGAAAUGAAACUGCCUCUGAGUUUCCGCUCUGACUUACCAGUGUCAUCCAAAUUUAACCUGCUCUCCAAACUCCUACGCCUCUCUGGCAGUUCACCUGUUACUGAAUGUACAAAUCAGUCGUGUCAAAGGGACAAAAAGUGAGUCUGCUGGUGUGCUAGUUGCAUAGUGCGAUUCACCGUCUGAGAGUAUUUCAUAAAGAAGUCCUACAGUUAUGGCUAUAGAAACACAGAAACAAAACCACCUAUUCUGACAACUCAAAAACCGUCCAAAAGCUUGUUUCUGUGUCCACGAAUGAAUUUUGUCUUGUGUUAUGUGUAAAUCCAAACUCCAAAAUUGUACUUGACAUUUGCACAAAUAUUAUGUUUAGCAUCAUGUGUGCGUGCAGAGUGCAUGACUUCUCGUAACUCUCCUCAGUGUCUUAGUUGCUGAAAAGCCUCAUGCUUCUGAAGUAAUCUGUCAGUGAAGCCUUAUAAAUGAUUUAUGUCGAUGUCACGCAUUGUUAAUGAAUGCUCGAUAGCUGUUGUAGCUAUGCAAAAUGUCGUGCCCUUAAUUUGCAAAAAAUCUUGUUUUUUUUCCCUGUUGAUAAAGUACUUCAGUAUGCAGCUUGUCUCAGAGAAGGACCCUCCAGCUGCCACCGUGUCAGUGGAGUGCAGCUAUUUAACAUGGAUCGAGUGAAUCUGUGUAAAGCUCCCCCCAUUCCCUCUGCCCUAAAGGGUGUGAUGAGCAGACUUUUUUUCUAUUAAAUUUUCAUAAAAUAUUAAGAGGAAUGAACAUUACUUAACGGUUCUAGGUGUGGAGUGUGAUAAGUUCAUUUGUAUGCUGGUACUUCAGCUUGGUAAAUGUGUUUUCCAAAGUGACUCGCUGAAGCAAUAUGCAGGUUUACUAAGGUCAAACGUGCAGGAUACUCUUUAUUCUAAUGUUUUCAUAAGGCUGGUUCAGCUGGAUGACCAGCAGAGAACCAUUCAUGUGCAACUGUUGAGCAAGAGGUGAAAAUGUUGCAUAGUGCUGUUCAUGUACAAAUGAAAAUGAAUCAUGGUGUAUAUCUCUCUAAGUGAUGAUGCACUGAAUAGUAUGUGAAUGUCUGAUAAAACACUCACUGAUUGA